AGAAAAAAAACUCAAAUCAGCACCAUUCAUUCACGCAAAGUCUGCACCAACAGGAAGCAACAAGACUCUAUGCAUGGCAGGAGGAAGUGUUGGUAGAUAGGACGGUAUCAAAGUAGCUCACCCCAUCUUCCUGAGGCUCUACAUACAGCUCAUCGCCGAUCCUGGACAGAGAAUGGACCGCUUUGGCCAACACUAGACGUGCGUAAGAUCUGAGGAACGCUGCCGUGCACCGUCUCUCCUCCCAACAUCGGUGAUAUAAAUGGUUGCUGAAGAAGAGGAGUGACCAACCUUUGUGCAUCGAAACAUUUGGUGAAAGAGAAAGAGAGUUUCAAAAGGACACGGAGGCGAAAGUCAGGAACUGUUACAUGUUGGACUCUUUGUGCCAAGACAACAGAAAAGGAGAUUUCUGCUGGAGUUUUGAGGAUCAUAAAGUUGUGGAGGCAGCAUGACAGUGAAACAUCCAUAAGUGCAAGCAGGGAGAGAACUUCUAUCAUAGAAAGUUAAACUUGAAGAGGAGGACCUGCCUUUAUAAUUGCAAUGACAAACUUUUAGAACAAUGGAGAAAGACUGGAACAUUCAAAAAGAGGACGGCAGUCACCGCAGGAGUCUUCCUAACAAAACUUGGACAAAAGGGCUGACAUGAUUUACAUGCGGGGAAUUUCUUCUGUCAUGCUUUCCAGCCCCUUCUUGGAGCAACUCGUCACAUCACUGUGUGGAAUCUAUCCCUGUUUUUGUUCUGUAGUGUUCGCAACUGUUUCUGUGACUUCUGGAUUUGGUACGUUGCAGUUUUGCUCCUAGAUGUCUCAGCCACAUAAUCCAACAGACCCUCAGGCCUUGGUGCAGUCCAUGCUGCAGAGACUGAAGCUGCAGCCGGGCAGAGAGGGCCAGGCGCAUCUGCACUCACCUGCACCUGUCACAACUGCUGAAAGUGGAGCAUCCAACCUCCAGAAAGUGAGCAAUGACUUCAAGUUUGGUACUAAUGGUAUCCCCUCAAAAGAGUUUGGCAACUCUGCUGCGGACAGUAAGUUUGGCUUCAAAGGUGGUAAAAUACAGCAACCAGAUCAUGGCAGUGAAGUGGACAGGGGUCUGAUUUCCUUCCACUCCCAGAAAGACAACACUGAUGGUGAGGACAGGGUGGGACAGGCCACACAGCCUGGGAUCACCCCAACAGGAACAGGGCAGCUGUUUCCUACUAAAUCACUUAAGGAUGCUGAUAUCACUUCCUUUGAGAGGACUGAUGGGGAAAGAGUGAGUUUUGGCAGUUCAGCAACGACAGCUCAAACCCCUCAAAAUACAGACACUGUCUCAAGCAUAGGGCAGAAUCAGAAGCCGGACCAGGGCUUUACACCCAGAGUCUACGCCUGGUCCUUGAAACGCACCGACUCAGGAAGUGAAGAGAAUCAAGUGGUGCAUAUGGGAAAUGGAGGAUCUGCAGGUUUGACACAAGAUGCACAGGCUGUCUUAAGUAGCCAAAACACAACAAACAGCGACUCGAGGAGAAAACAGAGAUCGUCUGAGAAUAAGACAAGAAGAUGGACGCAGAAGAUUAAGGAGCGAUGGAGGGACAGACCAGGGAGCUUUGGCAAAAAGGGGAAAGAAGAAGGAGGGACAGCAGGGCAGGAAAAUGGGCAAAGCACUGAAAUUUCAUCCCCAAACCAGGCAUCAACAGCCGAAAAUCUCAUCAACACAUCAAAUAAGGAUGGAGAAAGGAGCCUCUCUUCAAUGGACAGCAGUGGUCCCAGCAGAACAGAGGACAGCACUGAUGCACAUGUCAGAUCUACAAGUGACUUUGACUUUGGCCUCGGGUCAUUCAGCCUACUGGAGGAGAUUGUCAUGGGUCAAGAGUGGGCUAAGUUCCUAAACCCCAACCUUUCAGCCCCCUCUGCAAAUCACACACCAUCAGAACAGCCGCUGAGCCAAGCAAAAAUCCAACCAAAUCCUCAAGAUAGUAACCAGUCACCUGGGUUUUUGAACCAAUUCAGAGGUGGGAGCAACCGGUGGAGCUUCAGGAAUACAGAAUCAUCACCGGCACCCGUCUUCAGCAGGACACAAACAUCGCCUGAGGCUUUCUCACCUGUCAGCAUGGACGUUUCAGAAGGACGACAACAACAACAGCAACAGUGGGCUCACAGAGAGGCUGACCAUUCAGAACCAAUGGAGGACGGUCAUAACCAAUCAGACAUGCAGUCUGGAGGGAGCGGACCUCAGCAACCUAGAACUCCAUCAUUUACACAGCCAGCAGAAAAUCUGCACAACUCGGCCUCGAAGAGCAGAGUUCCCUCCAACAGGAAGAGACAGCAUCAGUCAGCUGAGAGGCAAGAGGGCCAAGGCCUUCAGACUGACAAAACAAGAGACAGAGAAAUGGCAGACAGAGGAGGCUCCAUGUCUUCAGUGAGCCCAACCAGCAGCCACAUGAUGAAUGAAGCAGGGCCGUCACAACAUAAUGACAUCAUACCUCUAUACAGUCUAAACUCCCCAUCCUUUCCGAAACCUGUUGCUCCUGCGCCCCGGGGUGUCCUCAAACACUCCAUAUCCCAGGAUUUAGAGCCCUCCAUGGAGACUGUGACAAAAAGGAGACGAGUUGAGGAGAACCGCCGCGUUCGCUUUUUAGAGGAGGUGGUGACCAUAGAGCCUCCGGACCUGGAUCUGGAUGCCACAGACUCAGAGGAGGAUUCGGGAGCAGAGGAAGACUCUGUGACGGAGCAGGAGUGUGACGUGGAGCCAGCAGCGAUGGAGGAGGUGGCUCCAGCCCGUCGGCCGGCUCUCCCCGCCUGGAUACGAGCUCUGAAGAGGAAGAACACGGGGAGGAAGCACAGACAGUGACUGUAAACCCAUAACAAGGAGCAUCACAGACUUGUUUUUCUCAUUCUAAAUGACAAAAAAAAAAUACAAAUAAAAAUAGGCGAGAUAGUCUCAAAAGUAGAUUCCGCUGACAGUAUUUUAAAGAGUGACAUUUUCAGAUUAUUUUUUUUCAUCUCAUCUACAAUAUAUGAUUUUUAGUCUUAAAUACCAACUGAUACCAAGCUAAGACAAGUAAUUUCUGCACAGAGCAAGCUUCCUCAACGACUCCUCGUUCCACUUCACACACUGCUUUGUUGAGCAGCAAAUAUUUGAGGAGAAAAAGAUCUGACUGGCAUCUCAGACUUUUCCAGCUGCAACAGAGGUUCAAAUGGACUAUGAUGUUUAAGCAUCACCUAUCAUUUUAAUUUAACUGUUUGUUUUGUUUGUCCGUCCUCUCCUCUCUGCCUGAAGACUGGAUUAGACGCUGCUGUGACACAACAGCUCCAUGUACUACAAGAGUUUAGUGGAUUUGGUUGCUGGAGUAGAUAUUCUUCUACCAUCUCUUCCAGCUGUUGUCGGAGAUAUUGUGCAUCUUCCUCCUUGAGUUUCACACUGGACAGCAGCAGACUACUAACUGUUGUGCUGUCUGUGUCACAGACUCACUCCCCCAUAUCCUGUCUCUUGUUAAUGGCUCCCUGUCCGGCCAUCAUGAAAAUUAACCCCAGAGGAAGAAAGAUAUGCGAGUUGGCGCUGAAGUAGUGGUCGAACACAAUCAGUAGUUUCUCCUCAGCCAUUUGCUUGCUGGGGUCAGAGAGAAGCAUCUGAGCGCCAGAGUAUUGUUUUUUUUUUUUUUAACUGUCAUCAUUAAAACUCCCAUCAGUCAUCCCUCACAGAAGAAAAUGUUUUCAGUCUCUGUGAAGUUUUUACUGAUGCUGCAGUUAUAUUUUAUGUAGCUGAAGCAACAUGGGAGACUGAGGUUAAGACAGAUAUUAAAGGAACAUGUCAUCAGUUUUAGAUAUAUACUUAUUUGUUUUCUGUCAGUGAGUUAGAUGAGAAGACCAAAGCCACUCUGCUCAUGUAAUCCAGGGGCCAAGAUACAGGCAUCUUAUUUUUGCAACUCAGUUUUUGAAAGUACGAAGGUAGUGUGAUUCACUGGAUGCAGAUUACAGAUGUAGGUUUGUCAUCAGAUGCACAGUGUGUGUGGCUUUCUUCCCUCCCUCUAUGUAAGUCUUAACAUUUUUAAAAUCCCAGCAGCAACCUGCCAAAAAGAAAAUGUAAAGUUUUUCCAAAGAUUUGGAUCAUGCAGUAAAGCAGGCCUACUAUUUUACCCCCCCAUGAGUUUUCCAUUUUAAUGGCAGUGCUUAUCUCCCUGUAUGCAAAUGUAUCACAAAAACAAAUCCCACGUCGUGAUUUUGAGUGAACACCAGUGAUUCAUCCUGUUUUUAGCAUCACCCAAAGUGAUCAGGAUUUCUCUGAACACAUUUUCACCCUAUGGCAGAAUAGUAACGAGGUGCAGUCAGACCGUUCUACACAGUGCUGUGUCAGUGCUACAGAACCGUCUGGCUCCGCAAGACGAGGCUUAAAGCAAUAAGAUAUGUGUAGUUGGUGCACUAUAGAUAUACGUUUUGUUACCUCUGGACUAACCCUGGCUAGCCAUUUCCCCCUGCUCCCAGUCUUUUUGCUAAACUAAGCUGACCAGCUUCACAUAUACCUUCCUUUUUAAAGUCAUCAUCCUUCUAUCCUGUUAUCCUUGAGAUGGAUGCUGAGAAAGCACCCACAUUUUGGCUACAUUAUUCCCUCUACAUGAAAAGCUAGAUAACAUAUUAAAAAAAAAUACAUACCAUCUUCCAGUUACCUCGUUAUACCAGUCACCUUAAUAAACGGGGAUCAUCUGACAUUAUCUGCUAAAUUUUUCACAAUUUCCAAAGUGUAUGCACGGACACACAUAAUACAGUUGUCUGCAGAGAACUCAUGGAAACUAUUUUUUUCAGAUGAGCUGCAGCUUCAAAGAGUGACCAAAGCCAUCAUUCAGAGAGACAGAGUACUUUAUAGCACUUUGUAUUAUAUUCUGUCGUUUCCAUUACAUGCAUUAUAUUCAUUUGUGUUAUUAAAUUAGUACAUGAAACUUUGUGGCUAACUGCUGUCAAUUCCUCUGGGGCCUCCCUUCACGGAUAUCCUCUCCCAUAAAUCACUGUCAGACGCACUAAGAGGCUCUUUAGCUGAUCUAUUAGUGCCCUGGUCAGUUCAGUGAAAUGAGGAGGGGGCGCAGAGAGAGAGAGGAUGUGAAAAUCUGCAGCACGAGUGUGAGAGAGCGAAAGAGAAAGACAGCGAAGUACACAAACGUCUUAAAUGAAAAUCUUGGAGUAAAGCCGAGAUUUAAACGGAGAAAAUGAGAGUCAUAAUUUCCUUUUGGAUUAUCCGUUCUAAAAACAGGAAUCACAUUAGUCCAUUAGUCAGUAACAUCUCCUGCUGUGCAAUAUCACCAAGAAAUGUACUAAUAAUGGCCCAUUUGUAAACCUCAAGCCACACACACAUUUACCCCACAGCUGCCCUUUCUCAGAACACACACACACAUCAGUAUUAACUGUGCCCGUACACCAUUAAGAGACUUCAGCACUUUUAUUUGUCAAGAAAAGGCCGGUUGUGAUUGUAUGAACAUGACAUGACAAAGAGAAAUACUCCAAAAAUCUUAAGCAAUAAAAGGGGAAGGAGGAUUUAUUCAGCUUUAUUAUUUUGCAGCUGACAAACAGGAGGUUACAGAUUAUUGUAGUCAAGCUGCUGUAACAUGUCUUGUAAAAUGAAACUGCUUACAAUAAAAUUACAUUUUUUUU